AUGGCUGUUUUAUAUUCAACACAUUCGUCUCGAUAUAAGCCAGGUCUCAACAUAUGCUGGACUUCAUCGCAACUGCCAAUCGGUCCCAGUCCUCUGGUACUGACCGGUCCCUCAGGUAGUGGUAAGAGUACACUAUUGAAGCAAUUAAUGGAUGAGUUCCAGGACUGCUUCGGAUUCAGUAUUUCUCAUACAACUCGUAAGCCACGUGUCGGUGAAGUCAACGGCAGAGAAUAUCAUUUUAUAAGUCACGACGAGUUCGAGAAGAGUAUUGAAAGACAAGAAUUCCUUGAAUUCACACAAUUCUCGAAUAACUAUUACGGAACGAGUAAAAAGGCUGUGAAAGACGUUCAAAAUUGUGGCAAAAUAUGUAUUCUAGACGUCGAGAUCGAAGGCGUCAAGAAUCUCAAGAAAACAGAUCUAAACCCAAGAUUUGUGUUCAUUAAACCACCGAAUAUGGAUGUAUUGGAAAAACGUUUGAGAAGUCGUGGCACUGAGAGCGAGGAUGCGAUUCAAAGACGGCUUAAGCGCGCUAUCGAUGAGAUGCAAUUCGGCGAAACUAAUGGUGUUUUUGAUUUGACUAUAAUUAACGACCGAAUAGACGACGCAUACAAUGAUUUGCGACAAUUCAUUGUUGAGGAUAUAAAUGCUCUGAAGUUUUCACGAGGAAUGUGAGCCCUGAUCCCAGAGAUUAUAACAAAAAAAAUAUUACCGUAUACCGUAAAUUACAAAUUAUUGGUUUUUAAAUAGUAUUAAUUUUUUAAAAGUAUAUAUUUUAUGUAUUCUUUUUUUUAUUGGUUUAUUUACACAGUAUUUCUUUGAUUCAUUUAUACAAUUUUUUCUAUAAUUAAGUUUAUAUAUAAUUUCGAGACAAUAGAUAUGUUAUCACUGAAUAGUAAGCCAAACUAUGACUACUAUUUCAUAUAACAUUCAUAGCUUAUAUUCAUUUUAUCUAUUAUAUUAUAGAUUCUAUAUACUGUACUGUAUUACUUGUAUAACUUAUGAUAGUAUUCUAUAACAUUAUAUUCUGUAUAUUUUAAUUGUCCGACAAAUUGCAUCAAUCCUAUUGAUAAUGCAUUGCAUGUAAUCUCUCGACGAUACCUGUAAUUAAUUUGAUGUCAAAUCACGAGCAUUGGUUAGAAAUCACGCAUUCAAUUCAAUUCAAUGUAUAAAAAAUGUUUAUUUAAUAACUGAUUUAAAUUAGUAAAAAUAGUAUUCAAUAUGGAAA